CACACCCGACGUGGGGCUUGAACUCACAGCCCUGAGAUCGGCCCUGAGAUCCAGUCACAUGGUCUGAGCCAGCCAGGCGCCCCAAUUCCAUGCCGUCUUUAAGCGGCGGGCUAACGUGUAUUAUAAACUUCUCCGCUUGCCUUUUCCAAGUGAGAUCACGUACUAUAGGUGAACUUUUAGCUCCAGCGGCUCCUUUUGACAAGAAAUGUGGUCGUGAAAAUUGGACUGUUGCUUUUGCUCCAGAUGGUUCAUACUUUGCUUGGUCACAAGGACAUCGUACAGUAAAGCUUGUUCCGUGGUCCCAGUGCCUUAAGAACUUUCUCUUGCAUGGCACCAAGAAUAUCACCAAUUCAAGCAGUUUGAGAUUGUCAAGACAAAACAGUGAUGGUGCUCAGAAAAAUAAGCCUCGUGAACAUAUUAUAGACUGUGGUGACAUAGUCUGGAGUCUUGCUUUUGGAUCUUCAGUUCCAGAAAAACAGAGUCGUUGUGUCAAUAUAGAAUGGCAUCGAUUCAGAUUUGGACAAGAUCAGCUACUCCUUGCCACAGGAUUAAACAACGGGCGUAUCAAAAUAUGGGAUGUAUAUACAGGAAAACUCCUCCUUAACUUGGUGGAUCAUACUGAAGUGGUCAGAGAUUUAACUUUUGCUCCAGAUGGGAGCUUGAUCCUUGUAUCAGCUUCAAGAGACAAAACUCUGAGAGUGUGGGACCUGAAAGAUGAUGGAAACAUGAUGAAAGUAUUGAGGGGCCAUCAGAACUGGGUGUAUAGCUGUGCAUUCUCUCCUGACUCGUCUAUGCUGUGUUCAGUGGGAGCCAGUAAAGCAGUUUUCCUUUGGAAUAUGGAUAAAUAUACCAUGAUACGGAAACUAGAAGGACAUCACCAUGAUGUUGUAGCUUGUGACUUUUCUCCUGAUGGAGCAUUGCUGGCUACUGCAUCUUAUGAUACUCGAGUAUAUAUCUGGGAUCCACAUACUGGAGACAUUCUGAUGGAAUUUGGGCACCUGUUUCCCCCGCCUACUCCAAUAUUUGCUGGAGGAGCAAAUGACCGAUGGGUACGAUCUGUGUCUUUUAGUCAUGAUGGACUGCAUGUUGCAAGCCUUGCUGAUGAUAAAAUGGUGAGGUUCUGGAGAAUUGAUGAAGAUUAUCCAGUUCAAGUUGCACCUUUGAGCAAUGGUCUUUGCUGUGCCUUUUCUACUGAUGGCAGUGUUUUAGCUGCUGGGACACAUGAUGGAAGUGUGUAUUUUUGGGCCACUCCAAGGCAAGUCCCUAGCCUUCAACAUUUAUGUCGUAUGUCAAUCAGGAGAGUGAUGCCCACCCAAGAAGUCCAGGAGCUGCCAGUUCCUUCCAAAGUGUUGGAGUUUCUCUCCUACCGCAUUUAGAGGGCUCUGUCUUCCUGGUGCUAGGGACUGACCGAGCACACGUGACACAAACCUCAAGCUUGACUGACUUCAAGUAUCUGUUUUUCAAGGUUUAGAAGAUUUAUUUAAUUUGAUACAUUCUUGUAGUGCAUUUUGGUCAUUUGAUCAUAUUAAAAUAUUAUUUAUAGACUAUAGGAGAAGUAUUUCCAAACAUAUCAAAUGUAAAUUUUUUUUUAAAGUUUAACUGUGAAAACAUAUACAUACAUGUAUAUAUUUAGAUAUAAGCUGCUAUGUGUUGAAUGGGCCCUUUGCUUUUUUAACUUUUAGUUCCAAGAUGUAUAUAUUGCUUCAGUAGAUCCACAAUGUAUAUCUUAGCUGUAAAGUGGAAGGAUUUUUUUUUUUUUUUAUUCUGGGCCACUGAGUUAGAUGGUAAAUAUUGGCUGAAGAAAGCUGAAUUUCCUCAUUAAAAAAUGCAAAUUUGGUUGGGGGGUGGAGGUCAGACCUCCGACCUACAAGUAAAACCCCUAGGGAAACGAUUUUGUUUUCCUUAGGAACGUUAUCCACGAGGUAGAAUUUGAAUAUGACAUAGCCAGGGUUAUAACUAGGAAAACGAUGUGUGUGUCCUGUCAUGGCCCCGCCCCCAUAACUAUUGUUGUGGGCCUUAACUUUGGAAAGCAGCUUGCUACUUUAACCCCGUGGUGUAAAGUAUUAUAAAUUUUAGUCCAUUUGAAAAGUCCAUCUACUGUAUUAUUGCUAAAUAUUUUGUUGUUUAUACUAAGGGACAAUUUUAAGACCGUGGUAUUGCUUUUUUGUUUGUUUUUUGUUUUUUUUUUUUUUUUACAUGUAUCAUAUGUUUCUGCAGGGGGUGAUAAUUGGUGAUUUGCCAAAGAGAAGCAAUACAGUAUAUCUGCUUUUGCCUUCUGUUAUUUAUCGUACCUGCAGAUAUUAAGAAUGUAUGCAUUAUGUAAAAUGCUUGAUUAUAUAUUUUUGAGUUUUUUAAAUUAAAGACUUGUAAAAAAAAAACCACUCUCACAAAUGUUUCUUCUGUGUGUGGGAAGGUUCACUGCUUUUGUCUGUCUCCGUCGGGAGCCUGAUGAGGCACCACAGCAAAUGAAGCAAGGAGGCUGAUGAGUAAAUAGUACAGGUACCAUCCCUGUGCCAGUUCAUGCCUCGGGGACGCAGCAGCUUUUAUGUUGAUGUGUUCUGGGAGAACUGCUGUGAUUAUUAAUGCUUUCUUUAAAAGCACAGAAAAGCUUGGGGCGCCCAGCUGCUCAGUCGGUGGAGCGGGAGACUCUUGAUCUCUCAGGGUUAUGAGUUCAAACCCCGCUUUGGGGGUAGAGAGUACAUAACGUGCAUACAUACAAUUUAAAAAAUAAUAGAGAAAAGCUGUAGAACAAGGGAAAAUAACUAUUGAGCAAAAGAAAACUAUAGUCUUUUAGGGGGAACCAACAGCCUCAUAGUAAGUCUAUCUCGUUAAAGUAGCCAAAGGAAAGUCUAGUGACGUGGGCCUUUUGAGGAGGUGAAAUAAGCAAAACUUUUAUUAGCCACGUGUGCUCUCGAAGACUUGUUUGCACCGAGAAAUUAUUUGAAAGUUCUUCCAGUUGGCUCUGUGAAGGGUGGAAGUUAUAAAUUUGAAAGCCAGUUGAAAAUGUGCCCAAGUUGCUUCUUGAGAAUCACCUAUCUUACAAAAAGUAGCACAGAAGCAUCUUAUCUUUAAACCUGUUGUGAUUUUUUUUUUUCAACGUUUUUUAUUUUAUUUUUGGG